AUGGGAUCCCUACCUAUCCGCGAACGGGAAACUAGCCAGGAGCUUCCCUUUGGGCACUCCAUGCUGAAGCUGUUCCCGUUGGAUCCCAACUUCAAGAACUUGAACCACGGCUCCUUUGGAACGUGUCCAAACGUCGUCGUCGAGGAGCGGCAGAGAUUCCAGGCUGAACUGGACAGCACUCCGGACACGUUCAUCCGGUACAAUAUCCCCAAGUAUCUCGACAGCUCUCGCGCUGCGGCCGCCGAGUACCUCAACGUGCCCGUCGAUGAGGUUGUAUAUGUCAAGAACGCGACUACCGGCGUGAACUUGGUGCUGCGAAACCUGGUAUACAAGCCCGGGGACAUCAUUGUGUAUUUCUCCUGCGUGUACGGGGCAUGCGAGAAGACGAUUGCGUAUUUGGCGGAGACGACGCCUCUGAAGGCGAGGAAAGUGAUGCUGGAUCUCCCCUGUGCCCAUGAAGAUAUCCUGCAGAGAUUCAAGGAUGUUGUCCGCACAGCGAAGCAGGACGGAUUGAAUGUCAAAGUUGCGCUGUUUGAUACCAUCGUCAGCCAGCCCGGCGUUCGAUUUCCAUUCGAGAAGAUGGUGGAAAUCUGCCGCGAGGAGAGCAUCUUGUCGUGCGUGGACGGUGCCCACGGCGUUGGACAUAUCCCGCUGGAUCUCGGCAAGCUGGACGCUGAUUUCUUCGUGAGCAACUGCCACAAAUGGCUCUUCACCCCCCGCGGCUGCGCCGUCUUCCACGUCCCCGUCCGCAACCAACACCUCAUCCGCUCCACCAUUCCCACAUCAUGGGGCUUCCAACCCAUCCCCAACAUCCUCUCCGACUGCACCCGCUUCCCCCAGGUCCUCCCCGGCGACAACGCCAAACCCCCCUUCGCCGCACUCUUCGAGAUGGUCGCCACCAACGACGACUGCCCCUACCUCUGCACCCCCGCCGCCCUCCGGUUCCGCCGCGACGUCUGCGGCGGCGAGGCCCGCAUCAUGGAGUACUGCGAGGCCCUCGCCUUUGACGCAGGGAACCUCGUCGCCCGCAUCCUCGGCACCCAGGUCCUCUGCGAACCGGGCCCGGAGGCCCAAACCAUCCGCGGCGCGAGCCAGCUGCGCCGCUGUGCGCUGGUCAAUGUCCGCCUGCCGAUCGGCGUAGACCAUGGCGCGGCUGCGCUUGGUGGGAUGCAGAGAUCGUAUCCCGUCGUCAGGGCGGGCGAGGUUAGUGUGCUGGCGAGGUGGAUUGAGAAGCAGCUCACGUACGAGCACAACACGAUCGUGCCUGUGUUUCCGCUGGGCGGGGUGGUUGUGGGAUUCGGCUGA